AUGGCGCCCUCGGAUACGUAUCGCCCACGGCAGGCAGGGCUGCGCAAUGUCAGCAGCGCCGAGACCACAGGGCGGACAGACGCGCCAUCGGCCCAGCGCCGAAACGAUGGUCAGUUGAGCGCCGCUGCAUCGACGUUCAACCAGGAACUAAUGCCCGUAAAUUCAGAGUCCUGGGUCGAAGUAACCUCACAACCGUCGUCAUCGUCGUCCUUAUCGUCUAUCGGAGACGAGAUCGUGACAACAGGACUCCGGGUUGGUGGGAUCUCGUAUCCACCAAGGCGGAGACGGACACACCAGCAGCAUGCGAUGCCCGCUUCCUUUAUCGUCGGCCACCCCGCGACCCAAGGCGGCACAACGAGCAGUCAGGAGGAAUACGAUGAAACGGAGAGCGAAGAGGACCGAGUCAUGACCAGCUCGACGGAAGCGGUACAUCCGUCCGCGAGUCUACCCCGUCAUCAAACCGCUAUGAGGGCGUCCGCCGUGGUGGAUAUAGACUCGGAGAGUGACGAUGAUGAGAAUGCGACGGCCCUCGGUCGGCCGUCCAACAGCCCUGUGUUUCGGCCUCAGCCAAACGCCUUCUCACACCCUCCCUCACACCUGGCCCACCGCCACUCAACUGGCUCAGCAGCAUACAACCAUCCUUCUCACUCCCGCCCUCCGAUGCCUAACCGCCCGCACGCCCGUUCUCACCGGGGCCAAAGUUACAUGUCCCCUCCCAAUGAAGCCGACAACGACGCCGCGCUACGUGCAUCGCUAACCACCCUCCUCUCCUGCGCCGCCGCAGCCCGCGGGUUGCCCAAGAACGAGGAACGGCGGACCGCCCCCGGCGCCGGAGCCGGCGUCGUGCCGAGCUCCCAGCCAAUGGAGCUCCGUCUAGUCCCCGAAUCGGAGCUCAUGGCCACCAACAGCCCGCCGGCUCCACCAACAGCAACCCCAGCCAGCGGGGCCAGGGCCAAGACUGCCCGGACGGCAUCCAACUCCUCCGCGCCCAGCGCGCCAUCCUCCAGCUCCGGCCGCGAGCACCAGCAGCAACAGCAACAGCGGGACUCCAAACGCGGGCUCCCGUCCACGACGCAGGGCCGUCCCGCGCGCGCCGCCAAGAAGAAGCGCACCUCGACCACCCUUCUCGAUGGCGACUCCGCCACGGACGCGGCGCCCUUCUUCAGCGUUAGCCCGACGCUCCUCACGUGGGUGGUCAGCGCGGGCGUGGUAGUGCUGGUCUCGGUGGUCGGCUUCGGCGCCGGCUACGUCAUCGGCCGCGAGGUCGGCCGGCAGGAGGGCGGCGGCAGCAGCGUCGCCGCCGCCGCGUCCUCUUCGCUGGUCGGUUCUGGCGGGGCGGCGGCGAACGCCUCGUCCGCGGGCGCUGCGGGUUGUGGAGGUGAGCUGGUCAGGGCGGGCGCUGGGGGCACGCUGCGGAGGUUCCGCUGGGGUGGCGUGGGGAAGAGCGUCGCUGCUUAG